CAAUGACAUCUGCAAAGUUUGUCGUCUUUUUGACGUGUUUGCUCUUUGGGAAAAUGGCUUGGAUGAAAAAUCUGAAGUCAUCUUCAACUGUUCGUCAAGAGAGACUUUUUGUAUCAGCUAAGGCUGGAGACAAUGUGUCUUUGAAAUGUUUCUCUGAAGAUGAUGAAUCGUCAUGGCUUUACUGGUACAAACAAACUCUGGGAGAGGAACCAAGGCUCAUCUCCACCCUCUAUGUGUAUGAAUCAAAAACCACAUUUUAUCACGAAUUCAGUAAUAAUCCACGCUUCAGUAUUGAGAACUAUACAAAUCGCUUGAUAAUUUCUGAUUUGACCAUUUCAGACUCAGCUACUUAUUUCUGCGCUAGUACCCAUGCAUUUGCUGUGAAUUUUUCAGAAGGCAUUACUGUCAGUGUAAAGGGUUCAGGUCUGAACAUCCCAGCUUUGGUCCAUCAGUCAGCAUCUGAGACCAUCCAGCCAGGAGGCUCUGUGACUCUGAACUGUACAGUACACACUGGGACCUGUGAUGGAGAACACAGUGUUUACUGGUUCAAAGACUCUGAAGAAUCUCAUCCAGGACUCAUUUACACCCAUGGAGGCAGGAAUGAUCAGUGUGAGAGGAAACCCAACACACAAACACACACCUGUGUCUACAACUUGCCGAUGAAAAGCCUGAAUCUUUCUCAUGCUGGGACCUACUACUGUGCUGUUGCCUCAUGUGGACACAUACUGUUUGGAAACGGGACCAAGCUGGACUUUGAAGAUGAUAAAGACUCUCUCGUCUCGGUGUAUGUCUUGAGUGGAGCAUUCAGCACCAUCCUGGUUAUUUUACUGGCCUACACAGCAUAUACGACAAAAACCUGCCAAUGCACAGCAGACUCUCCUGAACGAUCCUCAGCUUCCUCAGCUCCCAAUGCAGAGUGUUAUCAAGAUGCAGAGAACCUCCAUUAUGCUGCUUUAAGGACAAACAAGGUCAACAGAUCAGCAAGACGGAGAGACGUCACUUGGAGUGAAUGCGUGUACACCCGUGUAAGGCAGUAGAAGUGGCCCUGUGUUAUUACUUUGACUCUUUGUUAUGAGAAGUGACGCCUUUGUCGGAUUUCACCUUUGUAUACUGAAUGUAAAGAUCUACUUUGCAAAGCACUGAAUAAAAAUGU